CACAAGGGGGAGGGUUUAAAAGUAGGUUUGCAUUCACAUAAAGGAGGAAGAAACACUCACAGAGAGUGAAAGAGAAAGAGAGAUCUUACGAGACCACGAGAGGAGCCUGAUGGGGGAAAAAAAUGAGAGAAAGACAAAACAAAUAUGAAGAGAUAAAUAAAUGAGAGUUAAAAGUGGGAGGAGCCUAACAAGGAAAAAAGAGCGAAGGUUGUGGCAAUAGCAGACAUGACUGAGAAGAAGCUGAGGCAGACACAAUGAGAGAAAAGAAGAGAUGGAUUUGCUGUCACAUUCACACUCUGUUCUUCAGCAGUUAAACAUGUUUGCUGUAUUCAAAAACUAGCAAAGCUUGCAGGCUGCAGUGGAGUCAGCUGUGAAUGCUAUCGUGUCUUACAGGUUUGUUGAAAUUGCUGUAAAAGCAUCAUGAUUUGAGUUCCCCGGGUCACAGCGGCAGUGCAACGUGCCAAAAGCAUCGACUGAGACAAACUGAGCCCUGACCAAAGCAGGUUCUGACAGUGGCGGUCACCAUGGAGGAGAGGGAGCGGCAGUCUAAUGGAGAGAAAAGAGGUGAUGUUGAAUCCCCCACAGCCACAGGACAGUCAGUCACAGCAGGAGAACCAGGCACAGCGUCCACAUGGAGGAAUGGUCAGUGUGUGGCGUCUGUGUCCACAUCCACUUGGUUCACUCCCGCCUUUGACUUCUCACACUGCAGGACCCUUCUGGAAACCAAAGGCUUCCAGAUUCCAGCAGAAGACUUUGAGGGUCCACUUCAUUUAGCGCUGGACCACCCAUCCAUCAGAAGAUACCUGCUUUUCAACUCAAGCAUUUUUAAUGUCAUCAUGGCCCCACUCUUGUAUCUGGUGCUGUGGUGCACUGUGUACUCGACCAUUCACAUGCACCUCGAUGGCAGCUCAACGGACUUCUGGGUGCUCUGCCUGUGUGUCAGUCUGGUGUCCGUGAUCCUCACCGCCGCCAUCAACCUCAUCUUCCACUACAGCAACAAAGAGAUCAACAUGAACACAGACGUGCGGUUGGUGGGGGUUAAUGAGCACAUGGUCAGGCACAAGCUGCUGUUGGGAGUGGCUGACUGGGUCCAGAAAUGCAGAGGAAAUCUGCAGCUCUUCUGUGUGUACUGGGACUUGUCCCCAUGUCGGACAUCUCUGACUGAAGCGCUGGACGACAUGAGUUUUGUCAGGGAUCAAGUACAAAACAAACUCAAGAAAAGAAUGUCCCACCUAGUUCUAGUGACCAAGGUCACGACCCUGGAUCCUGAGGCUGGAGUACAGGACGAGGAGCUUCCAGAAGAAGAGCAGCCGCUGCUGGUGGGGGGACGAGAGCGAAGCGCAUCAACUAGUCAACGGGAAGACUCUAAACUCACCAAAAACUUCAGCUUGAUGCCUGACACCACUCUCUCAAAUCAGGCGAUUGCUCAGCAGCUCCUGAUGACCUACAGUGCACUUUAUGUCAGACUGCUGGUAUCAAACAAGCUUCCUGCUCCUCCCCAGCGGCCUUCAGGUGCAGAGAAAAAUCAUUCCGCUUCCUCUCUGUGUCUGUGUGAGUACGUGGAGCUAAAGGUUCUGCGGUAGACAGAACAUGACUAUCAAAUCUCACAUUCAAAAGUUUUUCUGUCAAUUAUGAUAUAGUCACAGACUGUUCUUGCUGCUCUUGAAUCUGUUAUGAUUUUGUCUGUAUACUGAAAUAUAUAUAUUGUUGAGUUAUUGUGGUUUUCUAUUUGCACCAUAUGCUCACAAUGUGUGAAAGAAUGAAGUGCCAGCUGAUUCUUUCCUCUUCCAUGUUAAGUUCUUGUAUUAACCAGACAAACUGACAAGAGAUCAGUCGCACUCGUCCAAAAUCUUGCUCGACAUAGUUGUAUUUUUUUUAUUCAUGACAUGAUCUUUAUGAGAUUCUGAUUAACACGUCUUAAUCAGGGAAUCAAGUAAGCGCCUCAACAUGGAUUUUUGCAAAUUUCCAGAUGAUACAGGACAUGCAACCACGCAAAAAAUUUGGACUUGAGUUUAGCGGUAGCACUUUACAACAGUUUGUAGUUAUUAAGUUAUUAAACGUACGUUCGGGAGGAGUACUCCCAUUUAAUCUUCUAAUUAUUAGCAGGACAUAAAAGCGGCCUCUACUUCUUCCCAGCAUUGGUUCCCAUCCCUCCUCCUCCCCUUCUCCUCCUUUAUGUAUUUUUUUUUUUUUUUAAAGUUUUAUUUCAAAUUUCUUUAUUAUUA